AUGGCUUCAGGACUUCAAGGAUGCCCUUUACAAGAAAUUGUUAUUCAUCCAGAGAAUCCUUAUUAUAAGACAGAUGGUCAGACAGUUUUCAGCGGUGAUAACAAUAAAACUCUUUAUUAUCUUUCACCAAAAAAGCAAGGAGAAUACAUAGUUCCUUCAUUUGUUACAAGAAUUGGCCAAUCAGCAUUCAGAGGUGGCAAACUUUCUAAGUUGAUUAUGGGAGACCAAAUAACAUUUAUAGAUACAUUUUAUCUUUGCGGCAAUACAAUAUCAGCGAUCAUUUUACCAAGCUAUAUCACAACAAUUCCUGAUGGAAUGUUCUGGGGUUGUUGGAGAUUAAGCUCGAUAAAUUUGCCUGAUUCAAUCACUCAAAUUGGCACUUAUGCCUUUAUUUCAUGCAGUGGACUUAGCAACACCCAAUUGCCAAAUAGAUUAACAACGCUAGGCAAUAACGUUUUUGAAUCUUGCUCUAGUUUAAGGAAAAUCACAUUGCCAAAAAAUUUAAUAAACAUUGGAAGCGGAGUAUUCCAGGGAAUAAAACAAAUCAAUAUCACAUCAUUGAAUCCUGAUAUAUUUGUCGAUGGAUUUCAAAUGUAUAAAGAUCGCAAUCAAACACUAUUUACAUACUUAGGUGUCGAUUCAGAUUAUGAUGUGACCGUAUUAGGAAGUUGCACAUCAAUUAGUUCAGGUACAUUUUCUAGUAAACAACUCCGAAAUGUUUAUUUCUCGAGUAAUAUUAACAUCUCAUUUGGUGAUGAUUCAUUUCGUUUUUCAUCAGUUAAAUCAAUCAUUUUCCCACCUGGUUUGAAAAAUCUUGGAUACAGAUCAUUUGGAAAUUGUGAUGGUCUUUCAAGUGUUACAUUUCAAGGUAAUCAAAUCACCACAAUUCCAGAAUUAUGUUUCGAAUCAUGUCAAUCACUAAGUGAUAUUACUCUCCAAAAUCAAUAA